AUGCCAUACACUUCGCCGCUUCAAAUGUCAUCUGCAGCGCCACCUCACCUAGCACAAACUCCAGUUACCUCUGAGUCGCUUUCCCACAUGCAUACCCACUCGCCUUCGCUGGAGACCUCCUCUGCGUCCUCAUCACACUCCUCCCACUCACUCCCUCAUGCACAUCCCCAACGCCAAACACUACCUCGUUCGUCGUUUUCAUCACAAUCAUAUCUUCGACGACACCGACGCAGUCCUUCGUAUAGCAAAAUAUCGCUUCCGCCUGCUGGAGAAGGCAAUUCGACCGACAGGACUUUAUUGUCUAUGACGGUCGACCCCCAUGCUAGUCUUCGACAAUCGCCUCCUCCCCGGAAUAAUGCCAUCAUCCCCUCAGGCGCCGUAAUUUCACCACCGGAGUCGGCAGGAAACUCGAGCGAUGAGGAAGGUUUGCCAACGGACGUCCGUCAUAUGGAUUUGAUCGACGCCGCCAUUCGGACACUGAACGCUCAGAAGAAGAAUGAAGAACGGGAAGAAAAGAAACAACCCAGCCCAAUGGCUGGUGUAGUGCCCGCACUUACACCUGAAGCACGAAAGAUUUCUCAUUCGCGUUCGUCCACAGAAGGCAGUCUUUUGAUUACUGACUCGAUAGAGACGUCCUCUGAAAGUGAUCGUGACGGAGAUGAUGAAGGACCCAAACCCCCCAUGGUUCGCAAGAAAUCUGGUGAACUGGUCCGUCCGGCCUUGCGGUCAAGACGUCGACCUUCCAGCAUGCCUGGAACCCCGACCUUUUCGAAAAACGUCCACUUCGAUGCGCAACUAGAACACAUCCGACACUUUCUUCAGCUCGACAAGCCUUUGGCGGUCAGUGCCAACACCUCUCCAGUUGAGACAUACUGCGAGGAGCACGAAUACCCGUUCACAAGGCCACAGCCAAGCGCCGAAUGGGAAAUCAAGUUGCCCAAUUUUCCUUCCAAUCCAGCAACCCGUAAACAACAACCCGUCCGUUUGGAGCGUGUAUUUCUCUCCCCUGAUCACAAAAAUCUGGUUGGUGUGGUAUCUGUCGCCAAUCUGGCGUUCCAGAAGCACGUUGUGGCUCGUUUUACUGUUGAUUAUUGGAAGACGGUAUCUGAAGUCACAGCGGAGUAUAACCACGAUGUUCGCAAGAAGCAGGCUCACCACGGGUUCGAUCGGUUUGAUUUCAGCAUCAAACUAUCUGACAUCACUGAUUUGGGGUCAAAGACUCUUCAAGUCUGUAUUCGCUAUAUAGUAGCGGGACAAGAGUAUUGGGACAACAACGACAGCAUGAACUAUCAGAUUCAGUUUGUCAAGUCUGAAAAGACCAAGACCAGUGAUAAAAAUCAGCAGCCGACCCGGGCCGGUGCUCGAACGUUGCCUCGCAGCAGAAAUAACCCGUCUACUGCCACCAGGCCUCGUUCGAUGCCGCCCGCCAGCUUUGGCGAGUUUGGUCCGUCCUUGGAUGGGAGUGAUCGACGUGACGACAGCUUAGGGUUUCGACUGACUGCUGUGGAUUCACAUGACUUGUUCGAAGCACCCAAGCCAAGAGAGAAGCCUGGUCGUCAAGCUUUUGGCAAUCGAUAUGAUUUUGGACUGUCGCUUUCGGCAGCACGAAGCAGUGGCGCUACCGAGGACCGCACUACUUUGUCAGCCAAAGCAAAGUCCAUGUCUUCCCGAGGUGAAAGCGUGAGCACUGUCCAUGCUCACCCGAGGGAUGCUUUCCAGUCGUCUGCUAUCGGCAAACCUCAUUUGGAGUCACCUACCUACAAGGAAUUGGUUGACAAGUACUGUUUCUUUGGCUCGCCCAAAGUGGAAGGCAGUUUAAACUCAAGCAAAAGCAAUUCCGGCAGUGUAUCGCCGGAUAACAUAUCUCGUGUUGACUCGGGGGUUGCAAUGAACUUGCAAGCUGAGAAUGAACCUUCGAACAGUGGAAUGAACUCGUUUAAUGGAUCGCCGAUUAUUUUCAAUACCAUGUACCGGUCAUCUCCCUCUAUCGGGAUUCAUGUCUGA